CACUUUAAGGAGUCGAAAUGGAAACCGGCAGAAAAGAAAUGGUCAUGUUUUUGGAGGCAGGACAGCUCCGGACUCUUCUUGGCAAAAGAGGGUCCGGUCUGUCAGAGGCCGGAGCGCAGGAGUCACCAGAGUCAUUAGUGCACAAAGGUUGUGGUAGUCCCCGAUCUGACCCUCUUGUGCAAGAAGGAGGAGGGGGGCAGGACGAGAUGGCAGCUAGAAGCGAGACGGGUUCUGUGAGCCGGCCAGCUGGCGCUCUUUGUCAGGCGGACAAACCCUUAAUGGAAAACCGUUCCAACCCGGGGCAGCAUCUCAGCAGCGCUUCUGAUACCGAAUCGGACUUCUACGAAGAAAUUGAUGUGAGCUGCACUUCAGACUGCAGUUCUGGAGCAAUGGAUUAUCCCCACAAUAAUGGUACCGCCUUAAAAAUUAGCCACGGGAGCGGAGGUGAGACUGUCAAGAUUGGUGGAGCACCGAGCUCUUUAGCUUGCGCCACUGGUGAUCAAAUGCGCCGUUACAGGACAGCCUUCACACGUGAACAAAUUGCCAGACUGGAGAAAGAGUUCUAUAGGGAAAACUAUGUAUCAAGGCCCAGGCGAUGUGAGCUGGCAGCAGCAUUAAAUUUACCGGAAACGACCAUUAAGGUGUGGUUCCAGAACAGAAGAAUGAAAGACAAGAGACAACGGCUGGCUAUGACCUGGCCACAUCCAGCAGAUCCUGCUUUUUACACUUACAUGAUGAGUCACGCUGCUGCUACAGGCAACCUGCCAUACCCCUUUCCAUCUCACCUACCUUUGCCUUACUACUCUCAUAUGGGCAUUGGGGCCACUUCGGCCUCUGCAGGUACACCUUUCAGCACUCCACUCAGGCCCCUCGACCCUUUCCGAGUGCUUUCGCACCCUUAUCCCCGUCCUGAACUGCUGUGCGCCUUCCGACAUCCUUCUUUGUAUCCCUCACCUGCUCACGGACUCAGCAGUGCAGGAAGCAGUCCUUGUUCCUGUCUGUCCUGUCACACCAGUCAGUCAAAUGGACUGGCACAAAGACCAGCUGCUUCAGACUUCACCUGCUCCUCGAGCACCAGAACUGACUCCUUCCUCACCUUCACGCCUUCAGUGCUGAGUAAAGCACCGUCAGUCGCCUUGGACCAGAGAGAGGAAGUACCUUUAACAAGAUAG